AUGAAUGCACAAGAGUUUCGCGAGUUCGCUAAAGCCGCGGUCGACUACGUAGCCGAGUACGACGAGUCGGUACGCGACCGGCCGGUGCUGCCCGAGGUCGAACCGGGCUAUCUGGCCCGACUACUGCCCUCGGAGCCCCCCAACGAGCCCGAGAACUGGCAGCAAGUGCUUCAGGACCUCGAUCGACACAUCAUGCCGGGGAUGACACACUGGCACUCACCGCACUUUCACGCCUACUAUCCGGCGGCCAAGUCGUACCCGUCGAUCGUGGGCGAGCUGCUGAGCGCCGGCCUCGGCUGCAUGGGCUUCUCGUGGAUCGCCUCGCCAGCCUGCACUGAGCUCGAGAUGCUCGUCACCGACUGGCUGGCCAAGAUCCUCGGCCUGCCCGAGCACUUUCUCAACUCGUCGGAGGGCCCGGGCGGCGGCGUGCUUCAGUCCUCGGCCAGCGAGUCGACCCUCCUCAGCAUGAUCGCCGCGAGGCAGCGCUGCUGCAGCCAGAACAGGGCCCCGGCCGAUCGGGACAAGCUCCUCGUCUACACCUCGAAUCAGGCCAACUUGAGCGUGGAGAAGGCGGCUCGGCUGGCCGACAUGGGCGUGAGACUGCUGCCGAGCGACGAGCGCUGCAGCCUGCGCGGCUCCACCCUGCUCGAGCACCUGGAGCGCGACGCCAAGCGGGGCUACGUGGCUUGCAUCUUUGUGGCGACCCUCGGCACGACGUCGACCUGCGCCUUCGACCGACUCGACGAGAUCGGGCCCAUCUGCCGCGAGCGAGGAAUCUGGCUGCACGUGGACGCGGCCUACGCCGGGGCGGCCUUCGUCUGUCCGGAGUAUCGCGAGCUCAUGGCCGGCAUCGAGCACGUCGACUCGUUCACCUUCAAUCCGCACAAGUGGCUACUGGUCAACGCCGACUGCUCUGUCCAUUGGAUCAAAGAUUCGCGCGAGCUCACCGAGCCCUUCAAAGUCGAUCGCGUCUACAUAACGAACGAUCCCAAUCGCGCGUCCAGCAAGUCCUCAUCGAUUGCUCCCCGCGACUACAGGCACUGGCAAUUGUCGCUGAGCCGUCGUUUUCGCGCCCUCAAGAUUUGGCUGGUUCUGCGUCUCUACGGGGUCGAGGGACUGCGCAAACACAUCAGAGACUCGGUAGGACUGGCCCAGCAGUUCGAGAAACUCGUCGCGGCGGACGAGCGAUUCGAGAUGCCGAUUCAGUCAAGCAUGGCCGUUGUUUGUUUCAGAAUUAAGGGCAAGAACGAGCUGACAAGGCGACUGCUGGACAAGCUCAUGCUGCGACGCAACGUCUACGUGGUGCCGAGCGUCUAUCGCAAGCUCCUGAUCAUUCGCUUCGUCGUUUGCAGUCAGCUGACCCAGGCCGAGGACGUGGCCUACGCCUGGCGAGAGAUGAGCGAACAGGCCCAGCUGGUGCUCGACGAGUGCGCCAAAGACGAGCGUCAGCUGCUCUUGCCGCAGCGAGUCGAUUGUCCGGACGACGACGAUGACCCACUUGUCAUUCAGAUUCAGCAAAAUGGUCGUCGCCGUUCGUCCGGAGACGAUACGAUGUGUAGGGAGCGUUUUGAGCUAGCGCGCAAUAGAGUUGAUACUGGCAAAAAUUCCAGCGGAUCCGUACAGCACUCCAUAUCCGCGGCCUUUUUCAAGUUGUUUGCCGGUGCCUUUAAAAAUGACCACAGGCAACUGGCCUAA